AAAGAGAAUUUUGCAGCGCCUUGCUCCUCGCCCGCUCUCACCGGCGCCGCCUUGCUCUCCUCGCCGGCGGCCCAGGGCCCUCACCCGCCGCGAGGAUACGGCGGCAGGCAUGGACCAGCCGCGGUCGAGGAUGGCGGAGGACCUGGCGGCGCAGCGGGCGGCGUGCGACCGGCGGAUGGCCGCCGGCCGAGACCGCUUCGCCUCCGCCUCGGCGGCCGUCCGCGCCGCCGCCGCCUCCGCCCGCUCCACCGCCCACCAGUCCGUCUCCCGCCGAGAGGACCUCGACGGGCUCAAGAAGCGGCUGCGGGACCUGGGAGCUGACCUAGGGCAAGCCCUGUCCCUUAAGCUCACCAUGGAGUCGAAAUGCGAGCGACUCAGGGAGUCGAUUUCGGCCUCGGCUGCUACAAGCGAGCAGCUAGGCGACCUGGUCACCGGUCAGAGGAGCAGGAGCGAGCGGCAUGCCGCGGUCAUAUCGGAUGUGCUCGAGGCUGCUGAGGCUUUUGAAGCAAAGAAUGAUGAAGACGUUACACUGAUGAAAGACAUGGAAAAGGCUAUCUGCUGGUAUCAAAAGCGCCUUGGCUUCCAGGCCGUUGUCGAAGGGGAAGGCGUGAAAUUCAUAUUCGACAAGGUUGACUCGCAAAGUCCUGAGAAGGAGUUUUCAUUUUCCCUGAAGUUUGACAAAGAUAGAUGUACCUCAGUACUUCGAUGUAGUCCACCCGUGGAAGAUUCUGAGGAACUGGUGAAGGAUUUGAACCUCACUAACGAUCUAGUCAAGUUUGUAAGAAUAAUCCGACAGAGGUUCCAGGCUGCUGCUUUGAAUGGGGAUCUUCCUGUAAGCCCAACAGUUUGUUCAGAUGCUUCCGCUAUACCCAUCUCAUCUCCGGUGACAAAGUCAGUUGACUCCACAAGCAAAAAUGAUAGAGAUAAAAGUAAUUCUCAAAGUAAGAACAGGAAGCCGGCUCUUCCCGCUAAGAGAAAAGCUUCCGCCCUAUCGGCAGCAUCUCCUGGUUCUGUGCGUCGCUCCCCGCGUUUUGUGCAGGGGGGAACGGGUGAGUCGCCAGCCGAUGCGUACCCUGACCUGGCCAAACUAAUCCUUAACCGAUGACUUGGCCAUCCCGCUCUUCCCUGCAAACGCCGUUGCGCAGGAGACCCGGCUAUCGUUCAACCCCCAUUAACCCCCCCAAAGAGAAUGCUAUACUUCAGCCCCCUUUAACCUCCACGGAUGGCGGCUUGGCUCGCGGAAAGCCUGCGGAGUUGUCUGUCGACCGUUUAGAACAGAGUUUGGUGUGGCCUCCGAAGCGUUGAUGUGAUUUUGGACAUGGUUUGUGUCGCGGGGAGGGCUUGGUGCCGAAAGGCGGAUGUAAUUCUGGGCGUGGUUUCGCUCUGUCUGCGAUGCAGGAUCUAUUGUUGAGCCUAUGUAUGUAUAUUCUCUUUGGGGGCGUGUCUGCCUUAAUGAUGGCGUGCAUAUCCUUGAGCCAA